GGAAUCUUCUAGGACAGCUACGACUGCGUUGCUUGCAUACGCCCGACAUUCCCCGACAAGAUCAUCGUCAUCUUGUUACCGAAAGAGAUCUAUGAGAGAGGUCUUCACGCAAUUGCAACGAUAUAUGCGGCGGAGUAUUAUGCUGACGAUGGUUUUGGUGGGAGGAAUUGUGCGCACGGGCACGAAGUCAAUGAAUGUAAGAAUGCCACGUUCUCUAGCAUCGAUCCGGAAAAGAUUACGUUUUCGCUGUUUUCUAUGGAUGCAGGCUUUCGCGUGCGGACUUGAAGUCUUGAUUCUACAAUAACUUUGACUCCAGUACUGACAGCGUUCGGCAGCUUACCACACGUCACCGAUCAGAGUCUAUACGACUCGCGCGGAUACCUCUCUUCCACAGCGAGCAU